AUACGAAAAUGAAAGGAAAUAAAAAGGAAAGAAGGAGGUGGAUUCCUUACACAUAACGCAUCUCUUGGGUUCGGGUUCGGAGCUAGGUUCGGUCGUGUUAGACUUUGUGCGGAUAAGAACAACCUCUCUCACACACUCUCUCUCUCAUAUGUUUUCUCUCUCUAAGAAACACCAUCUACCGCCUCCAAGUCCUACAAGAACCCAUUCCCUCCCACACCGCCCCAACUCUUCCAAAAGCUCACUCUUUCUUCACAAAACAAACCUACCUCUGUUUUCUCUCUCUUCUUCUCUUAUUCUUCCAUAACAAUAAUACACUCUCCUCAACUUUCUCACAUUCACCACAAAGACACAAACUUUCUCCAAUCAGAGUCUUCAAGCUGGCGUUCGAGAACCAAGACAUCACUGUCAGAGAAAUCAAGCCCAAGAACAGAAGAAUCAUGGGAGCUGGAGGUCCUGAUGAUGAGGACAAUAGGUGGCCACCAUGGUUGAAGCCUCUGCUCAAAGAGAGUUUCUUUGUUCAAUGCAAGUUGCACGCUGAUUCGCACAAGAGUGAGUGCAAUAUGUACUGUUUGGAUUGUAUGAACGGUGCUUUAUGUUCUCUCUGCCUGGCUUACCACAAAGACCACCGUGCUAUCCAGAUAAGGAGGUCCUCAUACCAUGAUGUGAUAAGGGUGAAUGAGAUUCAGAAGGUUUUGGACAUCACAGGGGUCCAAACCUACAUUAUCAACAGCGCAAGGGUCGUGUUCUUGAACGAGAGGCCUCAGCCAAGGCCUGGUAAAGGUGUCACCAACACUUGUGAAGUCUGCGAGCGUAGCCUUCUUGAUUCCUACCGAUUCUGUUCUCUCGGUUGCAAGAUUGUUGGGACUUCAAGGAACUUCGAGAAGAAGAAAAAGUCAGCGGCAAUGGCAUCAGACUCAGAGGAUUCAUACAGCAGCAGCAGUAGCCAUGGGAAGAAGAAGAACAAGGUGCAGAGCUUCACUCCUUCGACGCCACCACCAACGUCAGUUAAUUACAGAACGGCCAAGAGAAGAAAGGGAAUUCCACAUCGUGCCCCAAUGGGAGGACUAAUCAUAGAAUACUAAACACUUAGUAGCUUUAGGUUAUUGCUAUGAUGCCCCUCAUCAUAUGUUUACUAAAAAAUGCAAGUUUCUCCGUGCAGUUUCACCAGUUCCAAUACCCGAGCUUUUUUCAGAAAAAGGCCGGUGCUGGAAGUGUCCCCUUCUCUGUUCCCUAGUGCUUAAUUGCGUUUGUGUAUAUAGGAAAAAUCCAAUAGAAGUGGAAAAGGUUGAGAAAGUAGAAAAUAAGACAUCCGUGAAAUAGUUUGAGAAAAAGAAUGGUGUAGCAAAAUAAGCAAGUUCCUCUCAACCCAAGUAAAAAAAGACCAUGAGGAACAUUAUAGGUUUGGUUUCUAGAGUAAUUAUACCUUAGUUUUGGGCUGGGAGGAGGUGUACAUAUUGCCUUAGUAAAGUGGUGGGGAAAAAGACAGUGACAAUGUACUCAUUACAAUUAGGUGGCUGUCUAUAUAUGGUAUGGUUAAAUAAUAAGAUUUUAUUAAAUUUUGUAUCUAGAUUUACUGCAAUUACAAUUCUGGAAUAAUAUAUUAAAUUAGUUUAUAAAAUUUUAACAUUUAUCAAUUUAAUGGUCAUAGUUAUAAAAAACAUUAUUUCAAUUUUUAAAAAUAUUAAAUGAUGAUAUUUUAAUUUUAAGAAUUAUAAAAGGAAAAAGUAAAAUUAUUAAUGUUCAUUAAUUCAAGGAUUAAAUAUGUAAAAGUAGUAAUUUUAAAGGCUAAUAUAUCAUAUUUUAAAGUGAAUUUGCUGAAUUUAACAUGUAAUAUUGGUAAUGGUGGUGGGAAAAGCUUAUGGGACCCAAUGGGACCCACUGGAGCCGGUUUACGUGGGGCUGGUCAAGGUUUUGGUCGCAGUCACGUCCACGUGUCACAACGUGAAUGGUUUCAGGAAAGCGAGACGUAUUGGAUGUCGAAAACAGAGAUUAGGCCAGCCGCCCUCAAUGAGAAAAAAAAAACAAAUAAUUUUGUGGGCGGUUCCGCAGAGGGGCGUGUUUGGUUUAAAGGUGGGACCCAGGGCUAGUUUAGAUCAACGGCUGCUGUUGAUUGCGAUUGGACGGGUGUUGAUGGGUGAGAUGAUCUGGGUUCUAAAAGAGGAAGGGGUUGGAAUCUUGGAUUGGGUUUUGCAAGGAAAGGGGAAGUUUCCAUGCGUAGCAAUUUGUUGAUGGGUCGUGUCAAGGAUAGUGGGGAUGGAAUCAAUCUAAAUGUGAUAUUUCCUUUCCCUACUUGAGUUGCUUCUGCUAACUUGACUCAAUUUAAUUGCUUAUUUGUAUUGGAGUUUCUUGUCACCCCUUGAGAGAGAGAGAGAGAGAGAGAGAGAGAGAGAGAGAGAGAGAGAAGGAACCUUGCUCCCUUGUCAUAGUCAAGGGUACAUUGCUGUAAUUUCAAUUGUUUCCCCAUGAAGAAUGUCCAAGAUUUUAUGGGAAUUAUUAUCACUUUGUUU